AUGCGUCACGCGCGUAGCACGUCCAUUCCGCGACGAAGCAUGACGUCCCUCUCCCUGACGAGCGAUGACAUGCACGCAGUCUCUUGCGAGUUCCCCGUCUUGAAGGCUUGCUGCAAUUAUCAUGUCGGUUGUCUGUUCCUAUUCUGGGAGUGGUGGCUGCAGCUUAGGAAGCAGCGCGGUGGUCGGCCGCCAACAAUUGGAGAUUUUGGCGUUGUAAAGGCGAAGUUAUGCGCAAAGAUCAAAAAAAAUGGCACCCAGUACGUCUUCGACGCUUGUGCGAGGGCCAGGGACCCCGCCGUUGUGGCGUCUCUCGCUGCUGAUACGGACCUAGACACCGAGGUGAAAUUGAAUGAGGAUGCUGUUACCAUUCGUUCAAACUAG